AUGGCGGGGAAUUUCGAAGAUGCCGACGUUGGGUUCCGCCACAACGAGGUGGUCAGUUUCAUCAACAACGAAGUCCUCCUAAACGGGGGCGGCCCCGAUUUCUACACGACGCUCCGCUCGCAGUCCUGGAACGAGAUCGAGGACCGGCUCCAGGCCGUCCUGACCGACCCGCAGGUGCCGCGCAUGCGCCAGAGGGCCUGCGCCUGGAGCGCGCUCGCCUUGGGCGUGCGCGUGGCCGCGAGGCAGCGUGAACAGCUGUUGUGCCAGGUCCAGCAGCUGCAGAACCGGGUGGAGGAGCUCGAGGGAACCGCCUGCGGUCUGGCCCCAGAGCUACAGAGGCUUCAUGUGGAACACGAGAACAAGACCUUGCAGCUACACUUAACACGGACUGCCCUGGAGCAGGCGCUGAAUGAGCGUGAUGUGCUUCACGCGCAGCUGCAACAGGUUGCAGGGUGGGUCCAGGUUGCCCUACCGAGCCAAGAAAUGAUGCCUGGGCCUCAACCCAGGCAGUUCGGGGCCUCAUCAUGGCCCCUGAAUGAAGAGCAGAGAACUAUGGAGGCCAUGGGGAUGCCUGGCAGUCCCUGGGCCCAGAACAUGCCACCACCUCUGCCAGUGUUAGUGCCAUUCCCAUUUCAAUUUCACCCACUAUUCCCACCGGUGUCCCCAUUCUUGCCUCCUCUACCACCAGCAGCAGUGUUCAUGGAAGCAGGAGGGGCAGUAAUGCCACCUAUGCCUCCUUUGGGGAUCUACACCCCUAACCCGUGGGCUGCAGUGUGGGCCCAGGAGGAGAGGGCCCCACUGUGGGACCAUAGGAUCCCCAGCCAGGAGGAAGGUCCUGACUUCCUCCAGGUUACAGUCCCCUUAGGGGACAUCAGAAACUUUAGUCAGGAACAAGAUCCAGAGAGGCCACAGGGCUUAGUGAACCUGAGUGACAAUAGGAAUCACAGCCAUGAAGACAGUGUAGUGGGGCCCCAGGGGAUGGUCCCCCUUUGGGAUUGCUGGAGCCACAGCCAGGAACAACAUCUAGAGAGGUCCCAGGGCAUGGUUACCAUGAGUGACAUGAGAAACAACAGCCAGGAGGAAGGCCCAGAGAGAUGCCAGCAUAUGGUCCCCCUGGAAGCUAGUGGGAGGCAUGGCCAAGAAGAAAGUUCAGAAAGACCCCAGGGGGUGGUUCAUCUAGGGGGGAACAGAAGUCACUGCCUGGAAGGAGAUCCAGAGAGGCUCCAGGGGACUGCCCCCCUUGGAGGCAGGGGAAACCAGGGCCAGGAAGGAAAAUCUCAGACACCCCAGGAGACUUCCCUGGGGGGCAGUAAAAGCCUUGACAUGAGAGGAAAUAAAAAGAAACAGAAGUUUCAGGGGCAGAAGGCCAAGCAACCAAAAGGGAUAAGAGCCUCACAAUCACAGCGCCGUAAGAUGUCUGCCUCAAACUACAGUGGACCGAAUUGGAACUGCACAUGGUGUAGAGCGAUAAAUUUUCCAUGGCGCAAGUUCUGCUAUAUUUGCAGAAAAUUCUUUAUUUGA